AUGUAUGGUGCUAGAACUUGGGCUGAAGAGAAGCGAAAUCAAUUAGCAUAUCGAUUAAAUUGGAUGGUCUUUGAACCAGUUAGAAAAUUAUUACAACAAGAAAGUUAUGUACUUCUUUCCGAAUCUAAUUGGUGUUCCAUGAUAAAAUGGACACAGAAUCCCAAAUAUUAUCUUGAUACUGAAGAAAAUCUCAUUUAUAGACAGUUUGUCAAAAAGGACAAAUUGGAACCACAUAACAUAGAAAUCUAUAACCUGCUACAUAAAGACUGGUGGUAUGGUGAUAAAGCAUUCCAAGAGC